UGUUAAAGCUCAGACUGUCUCACCUGGACACUCAGAGACCUCUGUCGCUUUCAGAAUGAAGUCUGUCUGUCUUGUCGUCCUCCUCUGUCUGUCCUGCUCAGCAACAGCGGACACGGAGGCAGUGGAGGGGACGGAGGCCAAAGCCAAACAGACGUCCGUCCAGCCUGACGUGUGGGCCGAGGUGAGAGCGCUCAGAGACCUGGUGGUGGUGCAGAGAGCAGAGCUGGACGUCCUGAAGACGAGGCUGACGUCCACAGAGAGCAAGCUGCAGGAGCUGAGAGGAGAGCUGCAGACGCUCAGGACGAACGCAGAAAGCUCUAAGGUGGCGUUCAGUGCUGCGCUGACUGAUUCAGGGCUGCUGGGACCCUUCAACACCGACACCACGAUUGUCUACUCCAACGUGUUCACCAACAUCGGCCAGGCCUACAACCCCAUCACAGGCGUCUUCACAGCCCCAGUCAAAGGAGUGUACUACUUCAGGUUCACAGGUAUGGACUACCGCUCCAACGUGCACAUGGGUGUGGCUUUGUACAAGAACAGUGAGAGAAUCAUGCUGACCUAUGAAAUCAACGUUAAUAACGGAUACUUUGAGCACAUGUCUAACGGAGCGACUCUGGAGCUGGAGAAAGGCGACGUGGUCUCCCUGCGUCUGCCGGCAAACAAAGGACUCUACGACAACAACGAGAGCCACAACACUUUCAGCGGCUUCCUGCUUUUCACUAUGUGAUCGACCAGUGAUCGAGUCGCGUUAUAACCUGGAAGCAUGUACAGUGUGUGUGUGACUCCGUGUGGCGUGGAUGGACACGUGGGCUGGUUUGAUGAUUUCACCACUGCGUUGGUCAUGUUUGCCUUUUCAGUCACUUCUGCACAGAAUAAUCAGAACUUUCUAAAAAAUAAUUCAUGUCCAUGUUAUUUAUGAGUUAAGUGUAAGUUUGUAAGUGGUCGGUCGGACAGACCAGCGAUGAUGAUGAUUUUUUUAAUUUUCUGUCAUCUUUAAGAAGUUAAACGUUGAGUUAUAUUUUCUGACACUGCGUGGAAUAAUAUUCUGGUCGGGAAAUCAGGAAUCCUUGUUGGACUUGAAGUGAGAGACAGGGCCGUGACGGGGAAAACAGGCUGAGACACUUCUGUUGUGAUGCAGAUAAGAAACAGAAUGAAAAGUGUUACGCCCCCUGGCGAUGGCUACGGUCAUGUUAACGGGACAGAUAUUUCCCUCAGGAGCUGGUAGAGACCAGGACUCAGAGACCUGGACUCAGAGACCACUCCAGGUGAAGGAUCAUGUUGAUCUGUACCUGCUGGAUGUGGAGGAGGAAGCAGUAGAAUCAGAACAGUUAAUGGUCGAGCAGCACAACAGGCCGCCCAGUGGCUGCAGCAAGAAAUAACGAAUCAGACACAAUCUGCAUUUCCUGUUCCCGUUUAAUAAAGUACACGUGAAAAACAAAGGCUGCAGCAGAUGAAGGAAGGUGUCGCACACAAACACGACACAGCUGUUAGAGACAGAGGAGUUAACAGCUGCAGUUUAAACCAGGUUUCUCUGAUCCUCACCAUGAGA